UAGGGCUGUGGGAUGGCGCUUCAGCAGGUGUCAGAGACAGUGAUUGACAGCUGCGAACGUGACGUCAUAUCGGGGGGCGCCGUGGUGGAGUUUGUGUUUUAGAAGAGGUUGCAACGCUCGGUGUGGGAAGUGUCGAAAGGAAGAGAGCAGCACUCAAUAAUUCAUAGUGUAGCCUUCACCAGCCUGUGCGCAGACUACCGGAACAGAUAUCCUCGUAUCCUAUUCCUAAAUAAAUACUUUUUUGCAAUUAGCGGAUACCUACAGUAACCACAAUCUUGGGCACAGUCCCGCUGACCGAUUCCAUACUUUCUUUUUGACAGUCAAAUAGACUAGGAUUAUUGUCGAAAACACGCAUAGAUUCUUUUUUUCCCCCUUCCCAUCUCUUGCGACAGUCUGCGAUGUUCAUCCUAGCAUAUGCUGUGUGAAGCAGCAGGUGGCAAUGGUGGCAAACGGCAGUAUCCAGAGUCCAGGGGGAGGCAGGGCCAGGCUACAGCUCUAGCCACAGGCUGAGGGAUUCCAUGGACACUCAUUAACUCAAUGCCACAAAACCGGGAUUGAGUGGGAAGUUUGGGAAUAUCGGCCAGGGGAGGACUGAGUGGGCGGGUCACUAACUGACUGAUAGACUGCUAUGGAAGGAGCGAGAUCCACUAGAAUCUCUGUGAAUGUAACUCUCGGCUCAUUUCCCCAGGGGGAGUUGAGCUGGGAUCGCUCAGCUAGGAUUAGAAACCAGUGCCGAGUGUCUGCCUCUGCCAUCCCAUGCUUCUAUCUGUAGCAGGCACAGUUGGGGUGUUGCUAUGGCAACACUUGCCCUGCACCGGGGUGUAGAGUUGUCUCAUCACUUGCUCUACUAUCUCUGAUACCUGAGAUUUUUUUACCUCGUAAUGCAAUAACUGGUGGAGGUCACAGGAGCCAUGGCCAAACAGGACUCCCCACUGUUCCUCCACGGCUUUGACCUGGGGGAUGUCUUCAUAGACCCCCAGCCCCUGGGCAGCGGGACCACUGGUCUGGUUCUGUCUGCUGUGGACAAGCGCAGCGGCCAACGGGUGGCUGUGAAGAAGCUGGUGAUGCGUGACGUGGUCAGCGUGAAGCACGCCCUGCGGGAGGUCAAGAUCACGCGCCGCCUGCAGCACGAGAACGUGGUGCGCGUGCACGAGGUGUUGGGCCCCUAUGGCCGCCCGCUUCAUCGCGACCCAGCCCAGCUGAGCGCCCUGUACAUCGUCCAGGAGUGCAUGGAGAUGGACCUAGCUCACCUGCUGGAGCAGGGGCCACUUCCUAGCGGGCACACCACUCUGCUCUUCUACCAGCUCCUUCGAGGACUUAAGUUCAUCCACUCAGCCAACGUGCUGCACCGCGACCUCAAACCAGCCAACAUCUUCCUCAACACAGACCAGUUACUGCUCAAGAUUGGCGACUUUGGCCUGGCCAGAAUCGUUGACCCACACUACUCCCAUAAGGGCUACCUGUCAGAGGGCUUGGUGACUAAAUGGUAUCGGUCUCCACGCCUGUUGCUCUCUCCCAACAACUACACCAAGGCCAUUGAUAUGUGGUCAGCUGGCUGCAUCCUCGCAGAGAUGCUAACAGGACGCAUGCUCUUUGCAGGAGCCCAUGAACUGGAACAGAUGCAGCUGAUCCUGGACACGGUGCCUGUGUUGAGGGAAGAGGACCGCCUGGACCUUCUGCAGGUCAUGCCCACUUAUGUCAGCCAUGGCUGGAAGGUCAAGAGGUCAUUUAGGGAGCUGAUCCCUGAGGUGGAGGUGGAGGCGGAUGCCAUUGAUUUUCUGGAGCGUAUCUUGACCUUUAACCCCAUGGACCGGCUGACGGCAGAAGCGGCCCUGUCCCAUCCCUUCCUGCAGCAGUACUCAUUUCCUCAGGACGAGCCCAUGUCGCCCCAGCCCUUCCGCAUAGAGGACGAGCUGGAUGAUAGCCUAAUCACGGAGCCUGGCCACAGUCACAGCCAGGCCUUUAGCUCUCAUUGGGACAGGUAUGAGACCAGCCUGUCAUCAGACUUGUGCUGGCAGCAGCAGGGUGGGUGUCAGUGCUUGCCUGGGGUCUCGGAGCUGGUUGACCCAGAGGAGGAGGAGGUCCUGAGGGAUCCCAAGGCAGGCUCUAAACCCUUGUUGGAGGAGGCCCAGGUGGACCCUCGCAAGUAUUCCCACAGCAGCUCUGCCGAGCGCUUCCUGGACCACUCCCACUCCUCUCUGGAGCGUGCUUGUGGGGGCGGGGCCUAUACCGAGCUGGACUGUGACCGUUCCUGUGACUACAAAGUGGGCUCUCCUUCCUAUCUCGAUAAGAUUGCAUGGAGGGAAGACAAACCACAGCACUACUCCGAGCCCAAACUGAUCCUGGACCUGUCUCACUGGAAGAGGAACAGACAGGCGCCUGAGCCUAGAGGGGCCAGUUUGGAGGAGCUGCCUGUCGAGGAGCCGCCUGGGGACCUGUUCCAGGAGAUAUCUCGGUGGGUGGAGAGCACUCAGUCUCUCCUCCACUCUCCCAGCCUGCCCCAGGAACCCCUGCCCUACUCCAGUUCACCCCCGCUGCCCCUCUCUCCCACUUCCCUCCCCGCUCCCCUCUUCCACUGCUGUUCGCCGGGCAUACGGCCCUCAGCUGGACUGGACGAGGACGACACACUCAGCCGACCUGCCUCAUCCCGCUCUCCUCCCUCUCUGUUGCCCUCUUCUCCUCCGAUUCCUUCGCCAAUCCAUGAGCGCCUCCAGAUGCCUCCCUCCAGGGGGCAAGGGGGCCCGUUUGACCUGGAUGUGUUCAUCACAGCCCUGAAGCGGUGUGGUCAGAGUGAGGACCUCGGUGGAAACCCAGACGGGGCCAAACAGGCCAACAUCAAUGGCGUAUCCAGGCUUCCAGAGCGUAGACCGCCCCCACGUCAGACUCCCAACUCCUGAAAGGAGCUGGGGUCCAAGGCUAACACAGAGAGCACUGGUAGACUGAAUAGUGAACGCAUGUAGAAGGGGAGAAAAAGGAAGUUGCACAUGAUUUAAUGGGUACAGUUCUUUUUUUCUUUACCCAUAAAUCAUUGGGGUGUGCGACUUUCUUUCAUAAGUAAGCGUUGCCUUGACACUAACCCUGCUCACUUAAACUAGCGUUGCUGCUCCUUUGUUCAGAGCUGCUUUUACUGUAUGUUACAAGAAUAAGAGGAGAGUGAGGUGUGGAUCAAGUUCCAUUUGGUACUGUACGAACAACGUAAGCUUCUGGUGGUUUUGCUACUGCAUACAGUAUGUCAGCGUGGUCACUGCUGUAAAUGAAUGUACGUUGUACAGUAUCUAACCGAAAGGCCUAUGUUGCAUCAAAGCAGCGACGUGUACUCAUUACAAGAAUGCCUGCAAAAUGAUCAACAUUUGGUUGGAGAGAGGAACUCCCGGGUAUUCCAUAGCAGAAUAGGUUGAAGAGAAAGCAAAUCAGCUAUUUUUGUUGACUCUUAAACAUAACCCUUUUGGUUGUUAAGAUAUCUUCCGAAUGCGAGUAGCUAUACAGUAGGUCUCCCUGCAGCAAAUGGCUAUUUAGAAUUAUACGAGUAUCUUCCAUUUAGUGGGAAGUAUUUCCUUUAAAGAAAAGGGGUCUGAAUGUAUUUAUAGAUCCACGUCUUAGCAUAAGAACAGAUAUCUCUGGUCCAGGGAGUUGUGUUCCUCCAAUAAGGAAAGUGUUAGUGGAGGAACACUCACUAAUGACCUGGACCAGAGCUGAAGAACAGAUAAAGGGAGACGGCCCCUGGGAAUUCUAGAAUGAUAUCGAUACAUUUGAACGUUUUUACUGCUAACAAUUGUACACAUUGAACUACUGUUUCUUACAGCAUCUUCCAGAUGCCUGUAAUUGUUUGUUGACAGUUUUACGGUGCAGCUUUUGUGGAUUUUUGUGUGUUGUUGUUAUUUAUCUGAGAAGGGAGUGCUCUCACAGUACCACAGUAAGAUAUCUAUCUAGCUUUUGCACACCCAUGUUCUCAUGGCAGGGAGAUAUAAACAGAACAGUGACAACACUGUAGUCAGUCUGUAGCUGAUUAUCAUCACCAAGCUGACAUCAGAAAGCCUUCGGAAUAGUCAUGCACAGGGAGCAACAGCUAAAAGGUCACACACUCAUCAAGCACUCUAAACUCCGUGGCAGGGUCCCAAACUACACCCUAUUAUUCCCUAUUCCCUUUUGACCAAAGCCCUUUGGGGAUUAAAGGCUCAGUAUGGUGAAAAAUGGGAAUUGUCUGUGUUUUAUAUAUAUUUCUACAAUAUGAGGUUGGAAUAAUACUGUGAAAUUGUGAACAUUAUGAUGAUGCCCUUUUAGGGUAAGAGCAGUUUGAAAAGACCACCUGAAAGAGUUCCAAACCUCUCUGCCAAUAACAGCUAGUUUCCAGUUUUCCCCUCCCCACUACCAGACAGUCUAGCACAAUUCUUGCUAAGAAGCUACCUUUGUUUGUUUUCAAUUAAAAAUGGUCAGAAAAUAAAUCACACUAAGGACCCUUAAUUGUUACCCAUAAAUGAUUUGAUAUUGAGAUAAACAUGGCUGCAUUGGACCUUAAGGUUCCGUUUGGGACAUAGCCCUCGUCUCCUGCUUUUUACCAUUGUUCCUAUUAGUCAAUGACGGUGAAUGUUCCAAAAUGUCACAAUGAUAUUAUACUCUUGAGUCAUGAGCAAUUCAAUCUCAUUGCACAAUAUCACCUGGCAUUCUAAAGGGGACACAAUAAGCGAGCAUAGUCAAGUCUGGAAAUUGCAGGGUGCAAACUGUUUUCAGAGCAGUGCAUUGUCAUUUUAACAUACAAAAAAAAGCACAUUGGACAGACACUGCCAGGGACCAGGUUCUUAAAGGCCAACUAGGCUUCAUGUGCAGUGUCAGAUGUUAUCUGGGCAAGUCCAUGUUAUUUUAUUGGUAAAAUAGGAGUCCGCAAUAAUAUCAGAAAUAUCUUAUUAGAUCCGAUGUGCUUGUUGAGACGGAAUUAUGUUCCUUUUAGUCUGGGAGUCGGGUUAUGAAUGUGCCUCAGAAUAUGCCUACAGGCUUAUUAUAAAUAGGCCUAGGCUUCCAGCUCGCUGAAUGUAAAUAGUUUUGCAUGGCUUGAUCCUUGAUGAAAACUAUCAAAUGAUUUUAACUAUAUAAAGUGUGGACCAUCUUUAUUUGAGGAUGUUCUGGUUGUAUCACAUAUGAUAGAAUCUGCAGCUUUCACAGCUGAAAUCAAUUUACACGAUCCCUUUUGCAGUUCCUCUUUUGCUGAUCAACUAAAAAUAAAA